UAUCAGCAUUCAGUGAGACCAUUAAACCGUUCUCUGCUUCAAGCAACUCUCCCACAAUUCUCUAGGUUGCACAAUGAAAACAUUACGACACAGCCUCAUGAUCGGGCUUGCCUGUCAUGUGAUUGGCUGCGUCGCUGCUUGCUUCAAGGGAAGGAAGGCACUGGAAAAAAGAAAAGAAAAAAAACAAACAUUGGUUGCGGAAUGUGAUCUCUUUAAUUUCCCCUUUUUGCCUUAAUCUAUGAUUGCCAUCAAUCUUAUCUGCUGAUAAGCUUUUUCCUAGUGUUUGCUGUGCGCGCCUGUGUCCGUGUGUGUGCAUGGAUAUCUAUUUAAAAGGAUCAGGCACAAGAGUAAUAAUCGAGUCGAGGUCGUAGUACAUUAGCUGUAAUAAUGGUUCGUCUCACUGUAUGUUUCCUGGUUGCGUUUGCAGCUCUGGGAUCGUUUACGUCGGAAGCAGCUGUAAGGCGGCCGCUGAAUAUCAUUCCAUGGAGACUCACCACGGUUAAUGGUUUCUCCUGGUCUAACUGUGACGCAAAAAGCCUACCUGGCAAAAUCAACAGCCUUUCGGUCAGCCCAGACCCAAUCAACAUCCCUGGUGAUGUGUCCCUCUCUGCAGUCCUAUCCACUAAAGUGCCCGUGGCAUCCCCCCUCAAGAUCACCAUUAGUGCUGAGAAGGAGCUGCUGGGAGAAUGGAUAAAAGUUCCCUGCAUUGAUAAUUUAGGCAGCUGUUCUUACGAUGACGCCUGUGAUAUCCUGGACUCUCUAAUUCAACCAGGACAGGAAUGCCCCGAGCCUCUGCGCACCUAUGGCCUGCCCUGCCGCUGCCCAUUCAAAGCAGGAUCUUACUCUCUUCCCGGCACCACUAUUAAAAUACCAAAUCUGUCUCUCCCAUCUUGGCUUGCUACUGGCAACUACCGUUUGACUGGAGUCAUGAGCCAUGGCGAUGAAGAGAUCGGCUGUGCCAAGUUCACUUUCUCUUUGGAGAGCUCUUCCUCCUGGUGGUGGUAAAGCAACCCCCCACCCCAAUAUCCAGAAGAGGACGUAGAAGAUUCAUAUUCCCAAAUGAUUAACCUCGACCCUCUUUUGUCAAUAACCAGCACAUCCUUGUUGUAGAGUAACAGAUUCAUUUAAAAAACAGGAUUAUGUGUGGAUGGAUUGUUAUUAUUAUUAAAUUUUUUUAGCCUAUUUGGUUGUGUUGGGUACCCUUCUGGUACUCAAGUGGCUCAUGGCAAUAAGUCUACUCACUGUCACAAUUUCGUUACGCUGCUAAAAUUCUAAUUUUCUGAUUUUAACCUGACCCUUAUGUAAAAGGGAAAAACGUUUUUAAAUAAUGACAAAAAAGUGUAAAAUAAAGCUUUUCAUCCAUUUUCCAUCA